AUUUUCUUUGUUUCUAGAUGGUUUAACCUAAACCGAAGUUUCAGAUAAAUUAAUCCGGUUUAAUUAUAUAUCCGGUUAUUAAACUGGUAACUGAUACAAAUGUAGGCGAAGACGCUCAACGAACUUCAACCUCGUCUUCUCCGUCCACUUCACUCUCUCUAAACUCUCUCUCAGAUCUCUCUCUCUCUGUGAUUCAACAAUGGCGGUUUCUUCUUCUUCGUUUCUAUCGACAGCUUCACUAACCAAUUCCAAAUCCAACAUUUCAUUCGCUUCCUCAGUAUCCCCAUCCCUCCGCAGCGUCGUUUUCCGCUCCACGACUCCGGCGACUUCUCACCGUCGUUCAAUGACGGUCCGAUCUAAGAUUCGUGAAAUUUUCAUGCCGGCGUUAUCAUCAACCAUGACGGAAGGCAAAAUCGUGUCAUGGAUCAAAACAGAAGGCGAGAAACUCGCCAAGGGAGAGAGUGUUGUGGUUGUUGAAUCUGAUAAAGCCGAUAUGGAUGUAGAAACGUUUUACGAUGGUUAUCUUGCUGCGAUUGUCGUCGGAGAAGGUGAAACAGCUCCGGUUGGUGCUGCGAUUGGAUUGUUAGCUGAGACUGAAGCUGAGAUCGAAGAAGCUAAGAGUAAAGCCGCUUCGAAAUCUUCUUCUUCUGUGGCUGAGGCUGUCGUUCCAUCUCCUCCUCCGGUUACUUCUUCUCCUGCUCCGGCGAUUGCUCAACCGGCUCCGGUGACGGCAGUAUCAGAUGGUCCGAGGAAGACUGUUGCGACGCCGUAUGCUAAGAAGCUUGCUAAACAACACAAGGUUGAUAUUGAAUCCGUUGCUGGAACUGGACCAUUCGGUAGGAUUACGGCUUCUGAUGUGGAGACGGCGGCUGGAAUUGCUCCGUCCAAAUCCUCCAUCGCACCACCGCCUCCUCCUCCACCUCCGGUGACGGCUAAAGCAACCACCACUAAUUUGCCUCCUCUGUUACCUGAUUCAAGCAUUGUUCCUUUCACAGCAAUGCAAUCUGCAGUAUCUAAGAACAUGAUUGAGAGUCUCUCUGUUCCUACAUUCCGUGUUGGUUAUCCUGUGAACACUGACGCUCUUGAUGCACUUUACGAGAAGGUGAAGCCAAAGGGUGUAACAAUGACAGCUUUAUUAGCUAAAGCUGCAGGGAUGGCCUUGGCUCAGCAUCCUGUGGUGAACGCUAGCUGCAAAGACGGGAAGAGUUUUAGUUACAAUAGUAGCAUUAACAUUGCAGUGGCGGUUGCUAUCAAUGGUGGCCUGAUUACGCCUGUUCUACAAGAUGCAGAUAAGUUGGAUUUGUACUUGUUAUCUCAAAAAUGGAAAGAGCUGGUGGGGAAAGCUAGAAGCAAGCAACUUCAACCCCAUGAAUACAACUCUGGAACUUUUACUUUAUCGAAUCUCGGUAUGUUUGGAGUGGAUAGAUUUGACGCUAUUCUUCCGCCAGGACAGGGUGCUAUUAUGGCUGUUGGAGCGUCAAAGCCAACUGUAGUUGCUGAUAAGGAUGGAUUCUUCAGUGUAAAAAACACAAUGCUGGUGAAUGUGACUGCAGAUCAUCGCAUUGUGUAUGGAGCUGACUUGGCUGCUUUUCUCCAAACCUUUGCAAAGAUCAUUGAGAAUCCAGAUAGUUUGACCUUAUAAGACGCCAAGCGAAGACGAGAAGUCAAAAACAGUUUCCAAAAUUCCUGAGCCAAAUUUUUCCCAAGUAAAUUUUUUAAUCUUCAUUGUUCUUGGUCUUGCUCUACUUCUUUUGCAUCUUUUUCUUCACUUGUGUUGUAUCUGUAUUUUUGUUUUCAAGAAUCAUCAUUUUGGGUUUUAAACAAAUAAUUUCCUAUCCAGAAUCAGCCCACCGGCCUUAAGAAAAGAGAGUUACUAGACACGGCCUAUUAUCUGAGGGCAUAUCUGUUGUGUCUGUAUUUUUUUUGGGCACGGCCUUAAAGAUUGUGCCCAAGCCAAGCAAUCUAUUGCUUAGAUCUCAAUUUACUUAGUAGAACGAACAUUAUUUGGAUUUGAAAAUUAGACAUAUAUCAAUUAGGGCUGAAAUCCAACAUACCACAAGCCCAAUUCUU